AUGAAGCACCAGAUCAAGGGACCAGAGCUCUCCCGCGAUCUCUUCGUGGUUCCGCCUGAUUUCGAGCUCAAGCGACGUUCCAUGACGCUUGAUGCCAGAAAGCACCACGCAAAUCAAAACCGCCCCACCUCACCCUUCCCACUGCUGGGGAGCGGCCAAAAUCCUCCGACUCUCCUGGACAACCUCGCCGACUUUCAACACCAGAUCCCAUUCAACCAACUUCCUCCAACCUUCCGCGAGGCAGCAAAAGUCACGCGCCAGCUAGGCCACACACACAUCUGGAUCGACUCCCUCUGCAUCAUCCAAGACUCCAAAGCCGACUGGCGCGACGAAUCCAAGAUCAUGGGCGACAUAUACGCGAAUUUCGUCUGCACCACCUCCGCCUUGACGGCCCUCUCCUCCGUCCAGGGGUGCUUUGCAGAGAAGAGCCCCGACGGCAAAGAGACCACGCCGCGGAACCCGCUCGCUUUUCGAAUAUGCCAUCUCCCUCACGGGCUUCAUGUUGAUUGCCACCAGCGUCUUGACACGUUUUUGCAGAUUGACCGCUCCCCUUUACCGCUGCACACGCGCGCGUGGGUUCUGCAGGAGCGGAUUUUGGGACCCAGGACGGUGUACUACGGCGCCUGGGGUUUGGCUUGGGAGUGUGUCGAGUGCUUGGCGACGGAGAGCAAGUCCUGGGGGGAGGACCUCUGGGGGAUGUGGGAGGACAAGCUGCUUGAUGAACUUUUGUGGUUCACUGAUACAUCCAGUGAUCGGCCGCACACGAGGGAGUAUUUGGCGCCGACGUGGUCAUGGGCGGGCUUGGAAGGGAGGGUUUUUGAGGAGAUGGCUUUGAUGCCUCGCGUUGGACCUAGCGGGGAGGAUCUUCUUCCUGAGUGGAUUGGAAAAGUUGUCGAGACGGGGAUGGAUGAGAAGGGGAGGGGGUAUGUGCGUUUGCAGGGGGCUGUGAAGCGGGUUGUGCGCCGUCGAGAUGGCUCUGGGGGUGGUUUAGUUGAUAGGGAUAGAGGAGGGGAUCAUGCGGUUGCCUCUUGGGCGGCGGAUACGGUGGAGGACUCGAAGUGA